UCUUCCUGACCAAGACACGGUCAUCCACAGAGCAGGUAAAGAUGGAGAAGUGAGUUGUUCUCCCUGCAGCCUAAAGAGAACCCUUUGUGUCACAUGGAGUGAUAAACUGGCAACUUAUUCAGUCAGUGUGGUCACCCAGAGGCCAGGAAGACAAAGCUGCCGCCUGAGACUGUGUUUCUUCCAGGAUGUCUCUUCCCCACCCAGAAUGCUUCCUUGCCUGCAUUUCCAGGACAAAUCAGGUAGAGAAGGCACUGUUUCUUUUUCCUGAUCAUCCUUUGUGACCUAUCCGUAGACUCUUAAUUUUCUUAUUUAAAUUACAAUCAGAGGGUGAAAAUUUUUGCAUUUGGAUCAAGUAUUCCAUUAUCAUUAUCCCCCCAGGGAGAUAGUUUUACAGUCAAGUGUGUGUGAGGGGACUGGGAGAUAAAGGACGGCCUUCCUUUCCACAAAACAAAUGCUAAAAGGCUUUAUUCAUUUUUCCUUCUUCCUGAAGUAAAGCGAUUCAUUUCUAGACAGCCUUGGCAGGAGCUCAGAUUGUUUUCUGCCAGUUCCAUGGCGGUGAAUAGAUACUCCUUGACUUUCCAUUUUGGUUUUGGUGAUGGUACUGGUAGUGAGGGGAGGAGACCAAGUCAUUUUUCAAAAUGCUAAGUCAGUGAUGAUCUAAUAAGACUGAUAUGAGAGAAUCAAAGACUAACACAAAGGUUAUCACAAGGCCACGAUCUACAAAUUAGACCUGUAUGUUCCCAAAGGCAGUGGUUUUCAUAUUUUAACACAGCUAAGAAUCACCUACAAGACUUGUCAAAGCAUAGACUUCUGGCCCCACCUGCAGCAUUUUUAAUGGUGAGGAAACGAGAUUUUCCUUUCUAACACAUUCCCAAGCGAUGCCGACGCUGCUGGCCCAGGGACCCCGCUUUGAGAAGGACUGACACAGAAGAACCUUCACAAUUCCACAGGCUGCUCCUCCUCACUGAAGAUGCAGCAACCUGUUUGUCAGUCUCCUUUGGGAAAGGACAAAGAAGCACCAGAGGAAGAAUGGCUUCCAACUGUGGAAGAUGAACAACCUCAGUGUGGUCCAGAGAACAGCAACUCAGACAGUGUCUCCUGGAAACUUCUAGAAACGGGUCUUCUUAGUUCCAUGGGGAAGGCAGAGUCAUCUAGCCCAGAGGUGCAACCACAAGGUUGUGGGACUUCUCUAAGCCUGCUGAGCCUGUCUAAGAAGCACUGUGAGAACCAGGGGACCCUUCUGCAGUUUGACCGGCAGGCCCCUGGCCGCAUUUCCACCUCUCCCACUCUGAGGAGGCUAAGGGGCAGUGGCAGGGGGACUUUGUCCUCACUGCCUCAGCAAGAUGCCUUGGAGGAGCCCAUCUGGGGAACCUGGAGAGUCCUUGCAGGCUCCCCAGGUCACCUGUCCAGGAGUUCACUGGAAAGCCCAAAGGAUUCUCCGUAUUCACUGUAUCCCUUGAGACCAAACUCAGGACCACCUGCAGACCCUAAAGGAGCCCCCAACACAGCCAACACCAUGGAGCCCCAGACCAGGUCCCAAGAUGGGGACCCCCUUCCAGUGCCUCAGCCAAUUGAUGAGAUGUCUCUUUACCAGCCCUCUCUUCCAGGACAAGAAAGCUAUAAACUGCCCCACCCCGACCCACAGCACCCACGUCCUCAGGGGGAAGAAUCACGUGGCUCCAGAUUCUACGAGCACAGGCGGAGUUCUGUGGUGUUGAACUUGCCUGGACUUGAGGUGUUCCCCGGGGACCUCCUGGUGUCCGACGGAGCUGCAGAUUACCUGUGCCACCCACUUCUGUUGCUGAAUUCAGAAUCCAAAAAAACAAGAUGGCCUUUCUCCAAGAGAGGAGUGCAGGGCAAAGACAAACACAAGUACAUAACUGAUCUGGAAAACUGCCUGUCUUCAGUGAAGAUUACAGACUUCAGGGGCUAUGAGUUCUGCAGCCUAAAGGAUAAGACCUGGAAUGAAGUCAUGGAAACACAUCAGAAAGUCCCUACUGAUCAAUUAGACUUGAGAAAGCAGCAAGAGGCUGUGUGGGAACUUUUCACGAGUGAAUGCACUUAUUUCUUGGACCAUUUAUUAGUUCUUAAGAUGAUCUUUAUGAAUACACUCAAAUAUCUGCAAAUUCAUGAGUAUCUUCUGGAUGUGGAUUUAUGGAGACUUUUUGCCAACCUGGAGGAGUUAACUCAGAUAAGCCUUGGUUUUGUGAACAGUCUUUUCAGCAUCAUCAAGGACUACGUAGACGCAUCCGAGGCCUCGCCAUUGAUGGAUUUCAUUUCUGUGCUCACAAAGUAUUUCCGUGGGAGCCUCUGCCAGAGCCACCAGAUGUACUGCCUGAACUACUCUGCUGCCGUCUUUUAUCUGGAGACCCUGAGGCAGAGAGAUGACUUUGGCAUUUACUUAAAAUGGUGUGAGCAAAAUGAACAGUGCAGACGACUUCAUCUGCCUGAGCUUUUGGUGGCCCCACUCCACAGGCUUACCCGGUAUCCUUUGCUGCUGAAGAACAUCUGGAAAAGAAGUACAGAUUCUACUGAGAAAAUCAUGAUCUACUCCAUCAAGGAGAAGGUGGAGAAGUCUCUUCGGGAUCUUGAAGGAAAAGUGAAAUGGCUGGACAAUUUCCAAAAAUUUAGACAUCUACAGGAGAUUAUAGUGUGGCCUCCGCUUUGGGACAGAGAUAAAAGGUUUUUCAUUCCAGAGUAUUUGAAACACAUCUUUAAAGAACACAUGGCAGAAAACAUCUUGUCACCAACCAGCAGACACCUUCUCUAUGAAGGGAAAUUAACUCUUGCAGAAAGCGCAAGAUUCCUAGAUGUUUUCCUGUUUCUGUUUGACGACUUCCUCUUAGUUACAAAAACGAAGCGCAACAAGAAGAAACUUGGAGGCUCAGACACUGGCUUACUGUGCCCUUCACUUACUCCUGAGCUGCAAACCAUAAUAAAAGAGGGUGGUUCAUGUAUGGUACUUGAUCAACCCAUCCCACUAGACAGAUUGGUAGUCAAAAGCAUCGAUCCACUCCAUGUGUCAGUCUUUGGACUGAGACAUGCUUUUCUUCUGCAACAUGAAAACAGAUACCGACAGUGUAUAGCAGCAUUCUUAUUACAAGCCCAGACGGAAAAUGUCAAAAAAGCAUGGAUAGCACAAAUAACAGCGGCAAUCUCUUGCUUCACCAAGAAUCAAGAAACCAAGAAAAUAUCUGUAUUCACAUUACCUGCAGAAUCUUCUGAAAUUUAGGGACUUCAGUGGCAUACAUUUUUUAGAGGUUUGGGCUUAAUGCAUUUCAUGUAAAUCUUUGUUAACACUUAUCUCAUGAACUAAAAGGAAAUGUGCUUUUUAAAGACAUUCCAGAAUUUGAAAAUUUGAGCUAGCGAAGUCCUUAGUAUAAAGGAAUAAUGACAGCAACAAAUUUGAACUCUGAGGAUUUCUUUACAAAUAUAUACUGAUAUCCAGACUGUCUUCUAAUGCUUCAGUCAGGCUUGUAUGCAGUGCAGGUGAAGAACGGUGCUAUUAUAAUCUGUAAAUGGUGAAUGACUGAAAAAUUGGGAGUAUAAGAAAGAUUGGGCAGUGCUUGUGUCCAGUAUGAAUUCUAGCAGUUGACUCUGUAUCUAUAAAAUAAUGAAGCCAAUUUUUCUAAACUGCUUGUCAAUCUUACUGCUUUAUAGUCCUACCUCAAACAUGAUAACUUUUGAUAUACAAAGUCUGUGGCUCUUUUAAUAUAUUAAACAAUAAAUAAGGUCUUCAUUUCAAUAGCAACUUCAGAAUUCCUAUCUUCAACAGUUUAUAUAUCUUAGAUAUAUUUAUAAUGAUCUAAUUUGGAAUAUGCAAACCUCAGACUAAAUUCCAUUGUUUAAGAAAAAAAUUUUUUUCCAGGUUCACCAGUUAAGUUUUACAUGGGAGCUUUUCAUAGGAGUAGUAUCUUUCUCUUAAAUUCAACUUUUGAAGAAUGAUGGUAUUUGUCAAAACACAUUUUUUCUGGUGUUUGUGCGCAAGUGCAAACACACUUUCUGGUUUGGGUGUGUGUGUGCUACCUGAAGUAUUAUCACUGCAACUAAGGAAGCAGUUCUUCGGGUCCAAGUUUAUUCAGUGGGAACCCACAAAUAUCAAUUUCCAUCAUGGUUCUUCUACAAUUUCCUCAGUAAUAAAUUUACCAAAUUUGGCUGCAAGAUAACUAAAACUUUAACUGAUUUCUUUAAGGUGAAGAACUGGAUAGAGAGGAUGAAGUUUGGGGAAGUGAGAUGCACAGUAAGUUUUCACAAGUGGGCACAAACCUCACCAUGCAAACAAGGCCUAUGGAUAAGGGCAGCGGGAAGGGACGAGGGUCAAGCACUACUAGAAUGGAGUCAGUCUCCUGACACUGGAGGCAGGUAAUUGUUAGGGGUCAGUAAAAUAAAAGGGGAAUGUGGAAAGCAGCAACCAUUGUUCACAGCUAAGGGUACGUGGCAGGGGAGGGAGGCACAAAAGAAGAGAAUCAAGUGAGCGCCUAUAGAUAGCAUCUGGAUGGAACUAAAGGCAGCUACGUCCAGGAGAAGGCACAGAGAUGUCUGCAAGAGAUUUAUAAAGAACUUCUGGUUAAAGUAAGUAUUUUCAGGAAAAAAAAUUUAACAAUCAUCUUGCAGGGUCUUUGAGACACAAAUCAACCUGGGAAGGCAGUGGACUAGCACUAGGUGAUUUCUCAAGAUUCCUUUAGUCCCAAGAGUCUAGAAAUCACAUAUUUAUGUAUAUAAAGGACCAGUGUUCACUCUUACAUCUUAUUAAAGAAACAAAAAUUUAACCUAAAGGAUGUAAAACAGCUGCAAAAUAUGUCAUAAACUAGAAUACAGUAAGGCUCACAAAACAGUGUAUCUGAUAUAAAAUAUGUUUACUACAUGUUUGAUAUGCACAUUCAACUUUUCAGGAGGAAAGACAUUAAAAUGAAAUAGGGAGAAAAAAUUCUGGCACUCUACUGCCCAGGGGGAAAAAUUUUAAAACAAUGGUACAUUGGGCUUUCAAAAGUAUCAAGUGGUCACAUGGGGAUUAAACUUACGUACACACUGAAAAGAGGGACUACUUUUAUAUUUUUAUACUCUUUUUAGUUUUGAUAAUUUCUCCACAAUAUUCAGUACAGUGAAAAAAGAAAGUCUCAAGCAAAAUGGUAGUAAUAAUUUCUCUUGAGAUCAUGAAUAAUCAGCAUCCUAAAGAACAUUAAAACACAAUCACUUUAUAUACAAGUGCAAAGUCCUAACAUUCUGUAAAUUAACUCACAGAAAAUGGUUAAGAUCUUGUCCUCUUUUACAAGCAGACAAAAUAAUUCAGCCACAGAACACAUCUACUAGAAAGAAAUGUUUUAAUAUCAUCUUUAACAUAUUAAAAAACAAAAGAAACAAUUCAACAAGGAUCCUUCCAUUGUUCUUUAUACAGAUUUAAAUGCUGUCAGGUAAUUUAUCAGUUAUAUUUAUAAUCAAUAACCUUCUAAUCAUUGAGAUUAGAAAUUACAGUAUUUACUGAGCUAAACUCUCACAAAGUAAGGCACAACUACAUGAUCACAAA